CAUACAUCACAAGGAGUUGGCGAUGACCUUUUUUGCAUGUACAAAAUUUUCACAUUGUUCUACAAGAAAACAAGUUAGAUUCUCACUGAAACAAUAAGCCUACACAGAAGGAUGGGAGUUCAUUGGGUUUUUAGCGAUAUCAAACUAGCCCUGGCUAUGUCACUCUUGUCAGUAGUGCUCAAAAUUUGUUUACAGUUGUGGAUAUUGCCAAACAUAACUUACUUGAGGAUUAAAAGGAAUGGAUUAAGUGGUCCAUCUCCAAGGUUUCCUCUCGGAAACAUUACUGAUAUGGUGGCUCAUUCAAAGAAAAACGACGAUCCUUCUUCGUCGUCUUGCGAUAGCAAUAUCAUGAGCCAUCAUAUCCACUCAAAGGUGUUUCCAUACUUUGCUCAGUGGCAACAAUCUCACGGAAAAGUGUUUGUGUCCUGGUUGGGGACGAAACCGUUUCUUUAUAUUGCGGAUCCUGAAUUUCUAAAGCAAAUGUCUUCAGCUGUUAAGGGAAAGAGCUGGGGACAACCAAGUGUUUUCAGAAAUGACCAAAUGCCUAUGUUUGGUACUUAUGGCUUGACUAUGGUUGAAGGUGAUGUUUGGGUUCGUCACAGGAGUGUUCUCACUCCGGCUUUCUCUCCGCCUAACAUAAAGGCCUUGCGAAGCUUGAUGGUGAUGGUGACUAAUGAAAUGCUAGACCGAUGGACCUCUAUUAUUAAAUCCGGUCAGCAAGAAUUGGACAUUGAAUAGGAGAUCUCAAGCACAAUGGGGAUGAUUGUGGCCAAUACAACCUUAUUGAGGAAUAAAAGUAUAAUGAUAGUUUUGUCUUUGUAAUUGAGCAGGUAUUGGGCUAUAUAUAAAGACCCACUUAUUUGAUUUGAGUGGACAUCAUUUACAAUGUAACCUCUUUAGCAAAUCCAGUGUUCUACAUACUUCUUAUAUAUUUCUAAACCUUUGCUCAUCUUUGUUUA